CUCAACUAGGGGGAAAACUCAUGGUGGAGGACAGACACAACCGGGGACUACGUUUUAUUAAUCGGGUCGCCGAGAUUUUGUAACCGCAGACUCUCCAUGAUAAGCUUUUCGUGUAGUUCCUCUUAAAGCGGAGCGCCAAGCGUGUGUUUUCAAAGUUGGGAUUUUUCCGACAGGAGCAAAGUAGGAUUCAGUUUUGACGAUAUGCAGAAUAUGGGAAUUGGAGAGAUCUGAGCUCAUGUGUGCCACAUAGUUUUGCGGGUAUUUUACAUCGCAGUUAAAACAUUGGCAUAAUUAAAAGUUUCUUCACAGACUUGCGGCGAAGUGAGUCCGUCGAAACAGUUUGGACCAUCGUUUUCACGCAAAACAUAAAAAUCAGAUGAUCGACAGUUAUAUUUGGGACCUGUCUGGCAGUAUGUCCUUUACCACCUUAUCCUGCAUGUUUUUAAACAUGUUCUUCUCACAAGCAGUCGUCCUACCCGGGGAGGAACAUAGUACCUAGGCUUUUAUGGACAUUUCUUACCGCUCAUGUUAAAGACUGAGACUAUAUUCAAGUCAUCUGUGGCCAACUUGUUCUCGGUAGACGGGAUCACCCUUGAUUUCAGCCCGCGUCGGACACCAGAGGAGAAAGUUAGACUGGGAACUUGUUCUCUAAAUGACUCGUAUCCGGAGGGGAGAGCAUUUGCCUGCGCCACGGUUGUUUGUAAUAAUCCCUUUGUUACAAGAAGGCAACUCGUGUGUUGUUAAAAGUGCUUAAACUCUCCGAAGCAACAUUAGUCCCCCCCCCCCAAUUUGUGGAUAAGAGGAAAGAUCAGUAGCCGCGCUAUUAAAACUGGAUACAAAAUGGCGGCGUCCCUGGGACGAAUUGGAUAUGUUUCACACUUAGUUUUUUAUUUAAUUUUGUCGCUCGAAUUGUUGAUCAAUUGCGGACUGAGCUCAGAUUUGCCGUGUGCACAGAACUGUACGUGCACCGAAGAUUCUGUGGACUGUAGCAACCUUGAUUUGACAGAUACUCCUCCGGACCUUCCAGUUCGGACAGUUUCCUUAAAUCUCGGCCACAACAAGCUGACAACCAUCAACACUGAAGUCUUUGCUGGUCUCCCCAACUUACGAGAGCUGAGGCUGGAUCACAACGAACUGACCUCCAUACCAGAUUUAGGAGAGGCUGCCUCCAAGAUCGUCUCACUCUACCUACAUCAUAACAAGAUACGCAGCAUAGACAGCAGACGGACCAGAGAGCUUAUGGCUGUGGAAACCUUGGACCUCAGCAACAAUGACAUCACUGAUCUCCGAGGGCACUGCUUCCCUGCAGGCCUUCAAAUCAAAGACCUCUACCUGAGUAACAACAAGAUCAGCAUUUUGGAGCCUGGUGCCCUGAACCAUCUUGGUCCAACGUUACAGGUCCUCAGACUGAGUCGAAACCGCAUCAGUCAGGUCCCUGUAAAAGCCUUCAAGCUGCCGAAGCUCACGCAGCUUGAGCUGAACAGGAAUCGUAUUCGUCAGGUGGAAGGUCUGACCUUCCAGGGUCUAUCCAGCCUGGAGGUGCUCAAGCUUCAGAGGAACAAUAUUAGCAAGCUGACAGACGGGGCCUUCUGGGACUUGGCCAAGAUGAAAGUCCUUCAUUUGGACUACAACAGCCUGGUGGAGGUGAACAGUGGCUCCCUGUAUGGACUGAUCUCCUUGCAGCAGCUCUUCCUCAGCAACAACUCCAUUGCCCGCAUCAACGCUGACGGGUGGAAGUUCUGCCAGAAGCUUAGGGAGCUGAAUCUGUCGUACAACAACUUGACUCGUCUAGACGAGGGCAGUCUGGCUGUACUGGGGGACCUCCACACCCUCCGUCUGGGCCACAACUUUAUCAGCCACAUCACCGAGGGAGCCUUUAGGGGCCUCAAGGCCCUUCGUGUCCUGGAGCUGGACCAUAACGACAUCUCAGGCACAAUAGAAGACACCAACGGGGCCUUCUCUGGACUAGACAGCCUCAAUAAGCUCACUCUGUUUGGAAACAAGAUCAAGUCGGUGGCCAAGAAAACCUUCUCUGGACUGGAGACCCUGGAGCACCUGAACCUGGGAGAUAAUGCCAUCCGUUCCAUCCAGCCCGAGGCCUUUAGUAAGAUGAAGACCCUCAAGACUCUUCUCAUCCAAAGUGACAGUUUCCUGUGUGACUGCCAGCUCCACUGGCUGCCGGAAUGGUUAGUGACGCGGGGUCUGCAGACUGGCGUUGAUGCCACCUGUGCCCACCCAGAGAGUCUUAAGGGCACGAGCAUCUUCCAGGCUCCGCCUGAGAGCUUUGUGUGUGAUGAUCUCCCUAAGCCCCAGAUCACCCUCCAUCCAGAGAGCACAGUGACAGUCCUGGGCAGUGACGUGCGUCUCACAUGUACGGCGGCCAGCAGCAGUUCGUCCCCUAUGACUUUUGCUUGGCGCAAGGACCAGGAGCUCCUGCGCCACGCUGAGACUGAGAACUAUACCCAUGUGCGUGCUCACCAACACGGGGGUAUGUCCGAGGUGCCGGGAGCCAGCGGCGGUGCUGUUGGUGGCAUGAUGGAGUACACCACCAUCCUGCAUCUGCGUCACGUCACCUUUGUCCAUGAGGGGCGCUACCAGUGCAUCAUCACAAAUCACUUUGGCUCCUCCUACUCCAGUAAGGCUCGGCUCACCGUCAAUGUGCUCCCUUCAUUUGUGAAGACCCCUAGGGACAGCACCAUCCGCACGGGCCACAGAGCCCGGCUGGAGUGCGCCGCUGAGGGACACCCGGCGCCCCAGAUUGCCUGGCAGAAAGAUGGGGGCACGGACUUCCCUGCUGCAAGAGAACGUCGCAUGCACGUCAUGCCUGAUGAUGACGUCUUCUUCAUCAUGGACGUCAAGCCUGAGGACAUGGGCGUGUACAGCUGCACCGCCAAGAACACAGCGGGCACCAUCUCCGCAAAUGCAACCCUCACAGUGCUAGAAACCCCCCACCUUGCCCAGGACUUGGAAGACCGCAGUGUGGUCGUGGGAGACACAGUGGCCUUGCAAUGUAAAGCCCUGGGCAGCCCCCCGCCCCGCAUCACCUGGCUCCGCAACGACCAACCCCUGCGCCCCUCCGACCGACACCACUUCACCCCGGGAAACCAGCUGCUGGUGAUCGGCUCUGCCACUGUGGAGGACGCAGGCCGCUACACCUGCCUGAUGUCCAACACCCUGGGCACUGAGCGUGCCCAUAGUCAGCUAGUGGUGAUCAGCCAGAGCCCCUGCACGGUACCGUCAGGCCCCAGUACGGUCACAAUAGGUAUCAUAGUCAUCGCCGUUGUGACCAGCAUUGUGGUGACCUCACUGGUGUGGGUGUGCAUCAUCUACCAGACCAGGAAGAAGAGCGAGGAGUGCAGCGUCACCAACACUGAUGAGACUAUCGUUCCCCCCGAUGUGCCGAGCUACCUGUCCUCCCAGGGUACGCUGUCUGAGAGGCAGGACGUGUGUAUCAGGGUGGAGGCCAGCAGUGGACCCCAGCCCAAUGGGCACAUAGACACUACAGGUUUUGAUGGGGCAGUCGUGUGCACGGACUGUAUGGAGAACGAUAACUACUCUAAAGACCCCGACUACCUGACACAUGGCUUCGAUCCUGUUAUGGGCUUAGAGUACCAGCAGCAUUCCCUCCCUCAACACCACCCUCACUCUCACCCAGAGGACCACCGCGAUGCAGCGCUCUUCUGUAGCCGAGCCGCCGAUGGAAUCCGAGGGGACAUUCACGGGUCUGCGCUCCCUAACAACCACAACACGUCACAACAGAAUCACAAUAGAAGAGGUUCGUCGAUGAACAGAGCAGCACAAACAAAAGCGCGCUCACCGCCACAGGAGGAGUCCUUCCACAAGCCAGUUAAGCUGGUCGGGGGGAUCAGCAACAGCUUGGACAGUGACUGUGAACCUGAGCUCAGACAAACUCUGCUGUCCAAUGGACAUACUCUUAGAGCCUCUCAGGAUGAGAACGCCCCCCUAAGGAGGGCCAGCGACUAGCAGGCUCCCCCAUCCCCAAAAUAAGCCCAAAAUAUGGACUCACAAUAGCUGAGCAGACUUUCGUUGCACUGGGAACUGAACUGCUACCUCAAAUCGAGGCGAAUGUCCUUGACGCCCCAUACAUUUGGACGGAAGGGGGAGGGUGGGUAGAGGGUGUAAGGGCAAUCCGGAGUUUGAAGGCGGAGCUUUUGUGGGUGGCGUCCCAUCUGAGCGUAUCGGCUGUAUAUAGUUAAAACCUUCCUCUGGGAGGUGACCAAUUGAAAUUAUAGCUCCAAAUAAUGUGACUUGCAUUUGAAGCAUGCAAAUGUAGGGAAUAUUGUACAGUACGUUUGUGUGGAGGGGUAAAAGAGAAAUCUAGCUUUGGACAUUUGACUGUACAUAAGAGUUUUCUUAUAUAUUAUAUAUUAUAUAACUUUUACAAAAGAGUAUUGAAUUUAUUCUGUGCAUGACAAAGAAAGGAGUGAUUUUUUUUUUCAACAAACAAAACUUCUUCAGCUUUUACCAACCUCAGCUGUGGUGCCUUAUUGCAUGAUCAAAGAAAAUUCAAGAAACAACUAUAGCCAAUAUCAAGACCUUUUUUUUGAGAAAGGGAAACGGUACGCCUCUUUCCUGUUCUACAGAAACACUUUAUUGCACUUGAAUGUCUUGACAAAUGCUGCCAAUCAUGGCCUUAUAGAAACCUGGUUCACAUCCACUGCUAUUGUAUGAAGGAAGAGCUUUGAUUUAAAUUAUUUUGGUACGUCAGAUGGUGCAAGAUGAGAUAUUUGGGGAAUGAAUUAGAACAUUUUCAAGCACUUUUUUUUAAUGCCUCUGAAGCGAGUUCUGGAUUUGCGGUUUAUGUAUGAAAUACCUGCCAAAUGGAAUGCAGCAACCUUCACUUGUCUUUGUGAGGAGACACCACUUAUCUUGAAAUUGUCGUGUUGCCAGUAUGUACCGAUUAAGGCUCUUCCAACUGUUUCUAGAUACACCCAAGUUACUGGAAAAGCUGCUGUGAUAUUCUUUGUCCUUCAAUUCCAAUUGGGUUUUGUUAUUUGGCCAAAACAAAUCUGACUUUGGCACACAUUUACUACCAGAUGUGGUCCAUCCAAGACUUGUUACUCCUGUUAUUUUUAGCUGUAAGGGUAACCAACCAAGCUGUAAAAGGGAACGACUUAUCUUUUUCUCAGUAUGAACACAGGAGGACACUUGGCCUACAUCCUAAUUCACCACUUUUAUUCCCAAAUCUAGAGUUAAGUGCGCUUGAACACUGGGAUGGUGCCAUUUAAUUGACCUAAUGCGUCAUCACUCUUCUCAUGCUUUUAGAGCUCUACAAAAGCAAAGGAGUAAUUUGGGAAUGUGUUUUUGAUGUGUCCAAUUGUGUUGCUGCUGUAAUGUGCCUCAACAUCUACACUCACGCAUUCACAUAGAAAACAAGUGAUGGCCAGUAUUAAGACUUUUGUCAGAUCACCCAAUGGGCGGAAUGCUGUAAUAGCUCAUCACUACGGUACAUUGUUCUAUUUGAGGGAACGAUUGGCACAACUUGAUUCUGUGAACAUUUGGGAAGCUUGUGAAAUCUGCUCCAACCAAACCCACAAGAUAAUGCAGUUGAUGCUCACCUGGCCGUCACAGUCCCUGGACACACUGGAUCUCAAGGCACAGCAGAUGUUUGAGAUAGUAACAUUGUUGGAUGCAUGCAUGUGUUUUGCCAUGGUGCUGUUGUCCGUAUUGUAUACUGUUACCAGCGGCCUUAUCAAGGUCAGCAGGAGGCCUUUGAUUAGGUCUGGUUGGACCCUUCUGGGGGGCUGAAUUUGCCAGCAAGACCAAUCAGAGGUCCCCAAUAGGAAAGUGAUCCCAGUGUGUCCAGGUAAAAGGGACAUACAAGAGUUAGGUGCAGUCCAUGGUCUGAGUAAUUUAUUGACAUAUACUGUCUAACCAUUAUACCAAUAUCAAAGCUAAAACAUUGAAGUGUCUAAUAAAAUCACAUUUUGCUAUUAUGUGGAGUGUGUGUGUAUGUGUGUGUGUGUCCAUUGUCUAUACCUUAUACAUGGGCUGAUAUGAUAAUGUAUCAGUUUAGCAGCAUGGCAAAAGGAAUUAGGGUUUUUCUGGAUAAUAGCAUCUUAAACAGCCGACUUAGCAUUCAUCAUUGCUCCCACUGUCAUGGUGGAUAUGGAAAAGCCAUUAAUUCGAACGGGAUGCAUACAGACAUGAAAUCCAAAGACCUUGAGCUUCAAAGAAACAAAGUAGCUUCUGCCCGGACUACAAACACUCAAGGCUAAUCUCCUAACCAGCAUUGUCUCCUCGCUCCCUAAGCUCCAAAGACAGCAGACAUAUUUCUACUGCUAGCUGUUUGAAAUACAUUAUUGAGUCAGGGCUGAGUGAGGGUCAGUAGCUGGCCAGAAUGUGCAUUCCAGAUGGACGUUUGUCCAAAGAUGAUUGACAUGCCCCUGGCCCUGGCCUCCACCAAUCACACGCCAGUCAUUGUUGUCCAGCAGCCUAGUGACAGGCAGAGUGACAAACAUUCCCACCUGUGAGACCAUCCAUCUCUCCGUGUCUUUGACAGGAUUCACUUAGUCUUCAGCUUACCCCCACACGUAGCCCUCACGGACACCACUGGGCUUAUUCAAAGAACAAAAUGAUGGAGGGAAAAUGGUACUAUUGCAUCCACCUUUU